CCGUCAUCCUCGUGGUCGCCUCAGUCGUUCUCUCUCCUUCUUCGGAUACGGAAGUUUUUCUCCUUUAUAUUUCCAAUAAAAAUUGCUCUUCACAAAAUUAUAGUAAUGUACAGAGUCGUAAAAUUUACAAGCGAUGGAAGUGUCCAAUUAGUGCCCUCAACUUGGAUUACGAAAGAUUCAAAGUGCAAGUGGCCACCUGGGCCUUGCACAAACAUUUCUUCGUUAAUAAAAAAUCGUAAAAACCCAAAAACCGACUGGAUUAAGCUCCCCGUGAAACUUUAUAAAUCCUCUGAUGACUACGCUACAGGAAAGCAACUUGAAGAAGCAGCGACGAGAGACCCAGAGUUAAAUUCGACAGAUUCAGAGGUUUCAAACUUGACAAAGAAGAGAGGUAAAAAUCCGAAAGUGCACAACAAAUUACCAACGUCUCCAGUAAGUAGUUCCGAAGCUGAUAUUUCGGGGUCAUCUGGUGAUUCAGAAGUAAUCCAAGGUCGUCCAUUCCACGGAUGCGAAGCUUUCAUAUUUAUCGCACAAAAUCCCGACAUUCAAGAAAGUGCGUAUCAAAAAGCGCGGCGUGUUAUCGGCGACGACUACGAUGCGGUCAUGCUGUCAGAUAUCUCCAAGUUGAUCUAAAUACAUUGCAAUGGCGCUGACAGGAGGGAUGCAAAUUAUUCCCUUGCUCUCAUCCUCGUUCGAUAAGUCGUGGAGGGAAUGGAUAUCGGAAAUAGCCUCAUUAUUCGGAAAUAUACAAAUGUUUUGAUGUCACCACCCUUAACCCUUCAUUACGGUCUUAAAGAAUAUAUUUACAUAGGGAGAAUUCAAGUACAAUACCAACCAGUGAUGGAUUCAAUACCCUCUUCAUUCGGCUGGUACCUUAAUCACCAAAUAGUCAUGUUUUUAAUGCAACGCCUUGUCAAAUCUUUAGAGUUACAAACAGUUACAAAACCUUAUGAAUAUUUUGUACUCAAUGUACCCCUUAUGGCGAGACUGGAGCUUUACAUGGAGAAUGUUCUUAUACUCUUCCACUUUGUAAUACGAGAGUUCAUAUUUACCGUCACCGGAGUGGUGUUGAGCAGUAUAAGAUGGUGCCAGCUUUCUCUGAUAAGUUCCUAACGUUAUGUCUUGAAGAUCUGACAACGACAGUUUUGGAAAAUCAGUUAGUUCAUCUUGUGAAAUACUUUCCCAUAUGAUCCUUCUGGUGACCAACUUCUGUGCUUCAACAAAUGCUUGAAAGAUGUUUGAUCGAUUGGUUCUGUUGAUGACAAGUUGUGCUAGAUAUUCAUCAUAAUCUUCAUUCUGUCUCAUUGGCGGCAUAAAAGCAUUGAUAAGGGCACAGCCAAUCUUGAAAAGUUUUACAAAACCUGGAAUUGUUAAGUUGCGAAUAGUUCCAGCAAAAUACUUAAAGACAUUUUUUAUUCGCCCAUUUACAGAUUCGAUGACCCUUCGGAUCAUUUUGACCGCUCGAGAUUCGUUUGCUUCUUGGGAACUGUGCUGCUUCUGGUUUUUUUUCAUAAAAUGAGGCAUCUUUACCUCAAAGCCCAAACGUUUAGCCAACUCUAUGACGUAUCUAAAUUCUCGAUUCCAUAUGAUCAGAUCUCCUAUUUUGAAAAAUUGGGCGAAUCCCUCGUUGUGUACCCCAGUAAUUGCUUUGAAAAUUGCUUCAUCAUUGUUUCUGCCAUCUGCAAAAUAUGGACCAUGAACCCCGAGAAUGUAACCAUCACAGCCACAAACUAUCAUCAUUUUAUCAAUUAUAUUUUAUCAAUAUUUUAGCAAUCUAUCGUUCUUUUGCUGAGACCAUGUUUUCUUUGAUGCUUCAUAGUUGGUUGGCUUCUCAAUAAAUAUGUAGGUAGCAUCUAUUAUGAUUAUUGCGCGGUUGGGACUACCUUCGAAAAGCUUCUCUGCAAGUUUGCUAUUAUGAGAACUGCUAAAGUCAUCGUGAGAUAUGUGGGAAUAGCCAAGAUGUUGAGGGACAAUCUUUGUAUAGAAUAUUACUAACUUUCUUGAACGUUUUACAAGCAUACCUCCUUCUUCCUAGUUUGAACCACAUUGCCAGAACGCUAAAGGAAAUGUUGUGUCUUAACUUCACAAGGAAUACACCAAGUGCGACUCGUUUGUUGCGGUACUUCGAAUUAUGGAGUUUUAGAGAAGUAAUACCGUCGAGUGUGUUGAAGUCUUCAAGGGAUAAUCCUGUUAGUGUCUUACAUUCUUCAUCGGUGGAAAAAUGUUCUGUAAUUGAGUUUUGCUUAUGUUGGAGCAGUUGGGCAUGAUCAGAAACAUGAUUUAGGAUGUCAAGGAUGUCAUUGUCGGAUACAACUACUCUUUGUGAAUGGAUGUAAAUUUCAUUAAAGGCGUCAAUGGGAGAAUUCUUCCCGCAAAGAUUUGCUACCGAAAAUGUCAUCGCUAUUCGUACCUCAAUUACAGGGGAACAAAUUUGUAUCGGUGAGGUUUGCAAAUUAAUGAAACACCGUUUGCUAUGCAGUAUGAUAAAUACAAAUUUUGUGGUUAUUUGAAUUCAUGACAAAUUUUCCUAAUUUUCCUCAGAAAUAUUUGAUAAUAUUUUAACGGUUCAUGGAAUUUAUGGGUUUUAUGCAUGUCCAGCGUUACCAAGACCAGACCGAAUUGCAUCAUUAUUAAUCACAUGUCAGGUGCAUAGCUGUGCAAGUGAAUUUCACUUCAAGCAAGUAAGCUGUAAGCAAGGCCCUAUGGCUCAGAGGUACGAGGGUAGGAUUGUCACCACGCAGUCACACGUUCGAUUCCUCUGGCCGGGAAGCUAUUGCUCAUCCUACUCGGCUCGGUGUUAGUACGGGGUAGGUGCUGUCUCGUGACAGGGUGAGCCCAGCCAUACGGAAUGGCAAUGUCACUGUGUACAGCCCCUAGCAGAGUCCGUUCUCUGUGGGGAUGAGACAACUUGCUACGAAAUUAUGGCAAGAAGUCGCCAU